UCUCGGGUAUGUCGUCGGACAAUCGCGGUACGAUAUUUCGAAAUUUUAAUUACAGAUCUGACGCGGAGUACGUGGUAAAAAUUGCCAAGAUCCUAUUAACGCCUGUCGGUAUCUGGCCUCUUUACGGAAAUGAUUCCACAUUUGAUAAAAUCAAAUACUUUUUUCAAACAAGCUUUACAUUUAGCUUAAUGUGUUUUUUACUCGUACCGCACAUUAUAUAUACCUUUUUUGAUGCGGAAGAUUUGACCAGAUACAUGAAAGUGAUAGCCGCCCAAGUGUUUAGUUUGUUGGGAAUUAUCAAAUUUUGGACGAUGAUCAUCAAUAAAAACGACAUCAAGUGUUGUCUGCAGCAGAUGCUCAUCCAAUAUAGAGACGUGGAAAGCGAAGAGGAUCGAUUAAUAAUGGUGAGAAAUGCCAAAAUUGGCAGGCAAUUCACGAUUAUGUACUUGGGCUUGCUGUACGGCGGCGCGUUGCCUUAUCACAUAAUUAUGCCGCUGGUGGCGGACAGGAUUGUCAACACGGAGGACAACUCGACGCAUCUGCCUCUGCCAUAUCUCAGCGACUAUAUCUUCUUUGUGGUGGAAAAUUCACCGUUUUACGAGAUCCUUUUCGUCACGCAGAUUCUGUUCAGUACCAUGAUCUUAUCUACGAAUUGUGGCGUUUACAGCCUAAUAGCUACCUGUGUAAUGCACGCUUGCUGCUUGUUUGAAAUUGCUCGCAGACAUAUGGAAACUGUGCUAGUUAAUGGAACUGACGGCAUUCACGAACGAUUUGGUCGGAUAAUUGCGCAGCACAUGCGAGCUCUCAGAUAUGUUGAAAUGAUCGAAAAAUCAUUGAACUUUGUCUUUUUAUCGGAAAUGGUUGGAUGCACUAUUAUCAUAUGUUUUCUUGAGUAUGGAGUUCUUAAGGAAUGGGAAGACAAUCAAGUAUUAGGCACAAUUAUCUAUUUUAUUUUAGUUAUUUCGAUUUUAGUAAACGUCUUUACUUUAUCAACUAUUGGCGAUCGUCUUAAAGAAGAGAGUGGAAAAAUCGGAGACACUUCGUAUUUUAUUGAUUGGUAUGCGUUACCAACAAAAAACGUGAGCGGUUUAAUUAUGAUAAUGAUGAGAUCAAAUCGUCCGUCAACUUUGACAGCGGCUAAAAUGUUCGAUGUUUCUCUUCAAAGUUUUUGCGAUGUAUGCAAGACAUCAGCGGCAUACCUCAAUUUUAUUCGAAUGAUUGCAGCGUAAUUUUUAAGAUUAUCUAUUGAAAU